AUGACCAAACCACGGUUGAUCAUCUUGGUUCGCCACGGCCAGUCUGAAGGCAACAAGAACCGAGAAAUCCAUCAGACCGUUCCCGAUCACCGAGUCAAACUCACACCAGAAGGCUGGAGCCAAGCCCACGAUGCCGGACGUCGACUCCGAAGUCUUCUUCGACCAGAUGAUACUCUUCAAUUCUUCACUUCGCCAUACCGCCGAACUCGAGAGACCACAGAGGGAAUUCUCGAGACCCUGACCUCUGACGAAACCUCUCCGUCACCCUUCCGCCGAAAUAACAUCAAGGUGUACGAGGAGCCCCGACUACGUGAGCAGGACUUUGGCAACUUCCAGCCAUGCAGUGCUGAGAUGGAGCGUAUGUGGCAGGAGAGGGCUGAUUACGGCCACUUCUUCUACCGCAUACCUAAUGGCGAGAGUGCCGCCGACGCUUACGAUCGUGUUAGUGGCUUCAACGAGAGCUUAUGGCGGCAAUUCGGUGAAGAUGAUUUUCCCAGCGUCUGCGUUCUCGUCACUCAUGGUCUCAUGUCUCGUGUCUUUCUCAUGAAGUGGUAUCAUUUCACCGUCGAGUAUUUUGAAGAUCUCCGCAACAUCAACCACUGCGAGUUCCUCAUUAUGCGCAAACAGGAGAACCAGAAGUACCUUCUCGAGAACAAACUACGGACAUGGUCUGAUCUGCGACGAGAACGAAAGGACAAGAAAGAAAAAGACGAAGACAAGGAUUGCUCAAAGCUGCCACGUACCAAGACUUUUGUCGUGACACGUCGUUGGGGUGGAUGUCCCAAUGGCUGCGACCAUGGUAGUGGCUAUGCUAAGCGUGAGGAUCUAGAGGUGAUGCGCAAGAAGGACCAUGAGAAUGGUGGCCCCGCACCUUAUGGAGAGUCCGCACAUGCGGACGAUAUCGUCACAACAAUCGUUAGCCGGAAGCAAAAGUCUCGAGGCGACUGCGUCGAAAGCAAGGGUGAGAGUGACACCCCUGUGACCCCCGAUAAUGAUGAUGAUGAUGGUCCUGAGAUCGACAUCUCCUCAAACCAUGAAGGCAAAUCUGUUUCUGACAUCAACGACACCCCUUCAGUCAUUUCCUCCAGCGAAUAUAUCCAGUCUCCCUACCUGCAUAUCGGUCGCGAUGGGGGCGGCAGCUAUUCGGGCCACACCUCCGCUGCCGAGACGGACAACGACUCGUCGGAGGAUGAGAACAUCAGCUUACAUCGAAUCGCCUCCAUCAAUGCCCACCAACACAAGAAUGCCAGCGACCAAAACGACAAGUCCAUGUACAACCACGAGAAACCCCUCCUCAAAGCCGGCCCCGAGCGCUUGACCUACACGAGCGACAAAGACUGCGCGGAUGAUUCAUACGUUCGAUCUAACCGACUUGGCGAUGCCUCAACUGACACUUCCCUUGAUGGCGAUGCCGAUCAUCUUGAUGACUUGGACCACGCCGAAAAAGAGGACCGCAGUAUUCGCGGAAGUGUGUACUAG